AUGAGCUGGUCUUUUUUAAGAGACAUUUUAAGCGGUGUCAACAAAUACUCAACUGGCAUUGGAAGGAUCUGGCUGUCAGUUGUCUUCAUAUUCCGGCUUCUGGUGUAUGUGGUUGCUGCAGAAAAUGUUUGGAAAGAUGAGCAAAAGGAGUUUGAAUGUAACAUCCGACAGCCAGGGUGUGAAAAUGUCUGCUUCGAUCAUUUCUUCCCCAUCUCACAAGUCAGACUGUGGGCUCUUCAGCUAAUAAUGGUGUCUACACCCUCACUUCUUGUGGUCCUCCAUGUGGCAUAUCGGGAAAGCAGAGAGAAGAGGCACAACAAGAAGCUAUAUGAGAACCCAGGAAGCAUGGAUGGCGGCUUAUGGUGUACAUAUGUCAUCAGCCUUUUAUUUAAAACAGUGUUUGAGUUUGGUUUCCUGAUGCUUUUCUAUAAAUUAUAUGGUGGGUUUAGUGUUCCACGGUUGGUGAAGUGUGAUAUGGAACCUUGCCCCAAUCUUGUUGACUGUUACAUCUCCAAACCUACAGAGAAAAAGAUUUUCCUCUAUUUUGUAGUACUUACUUCAGGACUGUGUAUUAUACUUAAUAUCAGUGAGCUGAUGUACCUCAUCUUCAAAUACUUUUCAAAAUGCUGUCUGAAAAGAUAUACGCAAAAACUGACUCCAUCACAGUGUGACUGUAGGAAUCGUCACCAUAUCAAUGAUCAGGAAAGUGCAACUCACUUACAGCCAACAUCUAAUGAUUCUGAGCAAUAG